AUGUCACCCCAGCAAAGUUACAGCAACAAUGUUACAUCAGCAAAGUCACAGCAACAAUGUCACCUCAGCAAUGUCACAGCAACAAUGUCACCCCAGCAAAGUUACAGCAACAAUGCCACAGUAGCAAAGUCACAGCAACAAUAUCACCUCAGCAAUGUCACAGCAACAAUGUCACUACAGCAAUGCCAAAACAACAAUGUAGCAGCAGCAAAGGCACAGCAACAACGUCACAGCAGCAAUGUUUCAGCAACAAUGUCACUGCAGCAAUGUCACGGCAACCCAUGUCACAGCAGCAAUGUCACAGCAGCAAUGUCAAAGCAACAAUGUCAAAACAGCAAUGUCAUCUCAGCAAUGUUUCAGCAUCAAUGUCACAGCAACAAUGUCACCUCAGCAAUGUCACAGCAACAAUGUCAUCAGAGCAGUGUUAAAUCAACAAUGUCACAGCAUCAAUGUCACCACAGCAAUGUCACCACAGCAAAGUCAAAACAACAAUGUAACUACAGCAAAGGCACAGCAACAAUGUCACAGCAACAAUGUUUCAGCAACAAAGUCACCUCAGCAAUGUCACAGCAGCAAUGUCAGAGCAACAACAAUGUCACAGCAACAAUGUCACCACAGCAAUGUCAUCUCAGCAAUGUUUCAGCAACGAUAUCACAGCAACAACGUCACCACAGCAAUGUCACGGCAAAAAUGUCACAGCAGCAUUGUCACCACAACAAUGUUUCGGCAGCAAUGUCACUGCAGCAAAGUCAGAGCAACAAUGUCACUGCAGCAAUAUCUCAGCAACAAUGUCAUAGCAACAAUGUCACCACAGCAAUUUCACAGCAACAAUGUCACCUCGGCAAUGACACAGCAGCAAUGUCACAGCAACAACAAUGUGACAGCAACAAUGUCACCACAGCAAUGUCACAGCAGCAAUGUCAGAGCAACAACAAUGUGACAGCAACAAUGUCACCACAGCAAUGUCACCACAGCAAUGUCAAAACAACAAUGUAA